UGACGCAACCGGCUUGGAGCUCGCGGGAAAAGCGCGCGGGCGCGGGGUUUUUAAGCUUUCAGAGGAGGUGAAUCUUGGCGACAUGAGCCUCUGGGUGGACAAGUAUCGGCCCACCUCCUUGGGGCGGCUGGAUUAUCACAAAGAGCAAGCGGCCCAGCUGCGGAACCUGGUACAAUGUGGGGACUUUCCUCAUCUCUUAGUAUAUGGACCAUCAGGUGCUGGGAAAAAGACAAGAAUUAUGUGUCUCCUGAGGGAACUAUAUGGAGCUGGAGUGGAAAAGCUAAGGAUUGAACAUCAGACCAUCACAACCCCAUCUAAAAAGAAAAUUGAAAUCAGCACAAUUGCAAGUAAUUACCAUCUUGAAGUGAACCCUAGUGAUGCUGGAAAUAGUGACCGUGUAGUAAUUCAGGAACUGUUGAAAACAGUGGCACAAUCCCAGCAACUUGAGACAAGCACCCAAAGAGAAUUUAAAGUGGUUUUACUGACUGAAGUUGACAAACUUACCAAAGAUGCUCAGCAUGCCUUGCGUAGAACUAUGGAAAAAUAUAUGUCUACUUGCAGAUUAAUACUAUGUUGUAAUUCUACAUCGAAAGUAAUACCACCUAUUCGGAGUAGGUGCCUUGCGGUUCGUGUUCCUGCUCCUAGCAUUGAAGAUAUUUGCCAUGUAUUGUCCACUGUGUGCAAGAAAGAAGGUCUGAAUCUUCCUUCAGAGCUGGCUCAUAGGCUUGCAGAGAAAUCUUGUAGAAAUCUCAGGAAAGCCCUGCUUAUGUGUGAAGCCUGCAGGGUACAGCAAUAUCCUUUUACUUCAGAUCAAGAUAUCCCUGAAACAGAUUGGGAAGUAUAUCUGAGAGAGACUGCAAAUGCUAUUGUCAGUCAGCAGACUCCCCAAAGGCUACUUGAAAUUCGUGGACGACUUUAUGAGCUAUUAACCCAUUGUAUUCCUCCUGAAAUAAUAAUGAAGGGCCUUCUCUCAGAACUCUUAAAUAAUUGUGAUGGACAACUGAAAGGUGAGGUUGCACAGAUGGCAGCUUACUAUGAACACCGUCUUCAACUUGGUAGCAAAGCCAUUUACCACCUUGAAGCAUUUGUGGCAAAGUUUAUGGCAAUUUAUAAGAAGUUUAUGGAAGAAGGAUUAGAAGCCAUGAUGUUCUAAAAUCUUUCAAUCAGUAGCACUUCCCAAGCAUGUCUUAAUAUUGAUAUUUUUUUCAUAUACAAUUUAUGUUGUUAGCACUGUAGGCCAAAUAAAUUCACAUUAGUCAUCUUGUUUUUAAUAUUAGUACUUGUGUGAAGUUUUGUUCUCAUCUGGAAAUAAAACAAUUGUUUCUAAACGAUGUGGUCUAAUGGAAGGCUAUAACUAUGGUGUUAAAAAGACAGGAUAAUGAUAUUUUCUACUAUGAAUAAAUUGUUAAAUGACAUUGGGUUAGAUGUGAACUGUAUUGUGUUUCUUGAUUUCAUUUCUUGCAGAAGGAUUUAGUUUUUAAUCUUGGCUCUGCCAUUUACUAUAUGUGGGAUGUUUGAUCAAGCCAUUUAAUAUCUCUUAGCCUUGGCUUUCUUAUCUAUAAAAUGUUGGGGUUGAACUAUCUGACCUUUAAGGUUUCUUAUAGCCCUGAUGUUAUACUCCAGCAAGAAAUAAAACAAGUAGAAUACUUUUUGGGCAUAUCAUUAUUUUUCAUGCUUAUGUGAGCAUUUGCAAGCUGGGGCUAGUCACUGAACCAGUCUUAUAUUUUUCCCUUGAUGAAGAACUAGAACUCUACAAUAACAGGUAAGAAUUGUUUACAUUGCCUAAAUUUUUUUUUUGGCAUUUACUAGCAGUAGAGUUAAUAAUGAAAAAGUUGAGUAUACCAUUGCCAAUAUAGAUUAUAAGGAGAAGAGAUUAAAAUAGGUCCUUAAAGAUUCAAUUUGUAUAUUUAGCUAUUUAGUAGUUAAUUUACACAAAAUUACAUGCUAUAAAAUAUGAAACAUUGAAUAUAAUUUAAUUUUUGUGGUUCAGAAAACAUUCUAAAAGAGAUGACAUUUUAGAAAUAUAUAUUUUAGGGGCAGCUAGGUGGCGCAGUGGAUAG